AUGGCUGCCACAACUGUCCCUACCCAGGACCAGGUCCUUGUGCCUGAGACCCUCCUUAAGAAGCGCAAGAGCCAGGAAGCUGCUCGCGCUGCCACCCGUGCUGAGGCCGAAAAGAAGAAGCAGGCCAACAAGGAGAAGCGUGGCGUCAUCUUCAAGCGUGCCGAGUCUUACGUCAAGGAAUACCGUGAUGCUGAGCGCGAGAAGAUCCGUCUUGCUCGUGAGAGCCGCAACCAGGGUACCUUUUACGUUGAGGACGAGCCCAAGUUGGUCUUCGUUAUCCGUAUCAAGGGUAUCAACAAGAUUGCCCCCAAGCCCCGCAAGAUUCUUCAAUUGUUGCGUCUUCUCCAGAUUAACAACGGUGUCUUUAUCCGCUUGAACAAGGCUACCGCUGAGAUGCUCACCAUCAUCGACCCUUACAUUGCCUACGGUUACCCCAACCUCAAGACCGUCCGUGAGCUCGUCUACAAGCGUGGUUACGGCAAGGUCAACGGCCAGCGUAUCCCUCUUUCUGACAACCAGAUCAUUGAGGAGAACCUCGGCAAGUACGGCAUUGUCUGUGUUGAGGAUUUGAUCCACGAGAUCUACACCGUUGGCCCCAACUUCAAGCAGGCCUCCAACUUCCUCUGGCCCUUCAAGCUUUCCAACCCUACUGGUGGCUUCCACAGCCGCAAGUUCAACCACUUCAUCGAGGGUGGUGACACUGGUAACCGCGAGGACAACAUCAACAGCCUCGUCCGCCAGAUGAACUAA